AGUCCUUUAUUGCAAAACACGCGACACCUUCCCCGUCUCGUCUCCGAUCUCGCCCUCGUGACUUCGUCUCGUCUCCGCUCGCCUGCCCCUCCCGAACCCCCGUCGUCGUGCACGACCGGAGCUCACCGCCUCGCCCUCUCCCCCCGAACCCUAGCCCUAAACCCAGCGGCUCUGGUUCGCUGGUGCCGCCCUUGACUGAGCUACCGACCGGCGGGCCAUGGCGACGUGGCGGCCGGCGAUGCUGCUGGUAGCGGUGGUGGCGCUGGCGGCGGCCGCGGGGUGGCGGGCGGAUGCGCUGUCGGUGACCGUCACGGACACCGAGUGCAUCCACGAGUUCGUGCCCUACGAGGGCGACUCCGUCACGGGGAACUUCGUCGUCGUCGACCACGACAUCUUCUGGAGCUCCGACCACCCCGGCAUCGACCUCACGGUAACUUCACCAGGCGGUAACACUGUAUAUUCACUGAAGGGAAAAUCUGGUGACAAAUUUGAUUUUAAAGCUCCAAGGGGUGGAAUGUACAAGUUUUGCUUCCAUAAUCCAUAUGGGGCACCUGAAACUGUUUCUUUCUACAUUCAUGUUGGGCACAUCCCCAAUGAGCACGAUCUGGCAAAAGAUGAGCACUUGGAUCCUAUCAAUGUGAAAAUAGCAGAGCUUAAGGAGGCAUUAGAAUCUGUCACUUCUGAGCAGAAGUACCUAAAAGCGCGUGAGGCUCGUCACCGACACACAAAUGAGAGCACCAGAAGGCGGGUCAUGUUCUACACUAUGGCAGAGUACCUGGCUUUCAUGGCUGCUAGCGCAUUGCAAGUUGUUUACAUCCGGCGCCUAUUCAGUAAAAACGUGGCAUACAACAGGGUCUAGGACACCGUCUACUUCAAGGCAGCAGAAGAUGGCUGGAACAGGGAAUAUGUUCUGUCAUAUUGUAGCUUUUCACCCUCCCCACCCGCUUCUUUGGUGUUAGUCUAAAAAUACUUCUUUUUUAAUUUAUCAACAUGUACCUUUAGCAAGUCUUGUGAGAUGUGAAGCGUACCUGUUGCUGAACAUAAAUCCAUAAUUUAUCUUCAGAGUGUUAAUGUCAAAGAAACAAAAAAAUUAAGGCACGGUUACUGAUGGUUUGUUAUGAAGACUGUAACUCUGGUAUACAUACUCACUCUCUUAUUCUAGCGCAGAUUGGUCCAGUAAAGGAAUGACCUAAACUGGGCUACACUGCCAUUGCAAGGGAAUGAAGGAAUAUGUGAAGUUA